AUGUUCAUUGGAAUUCCACAAAAGACAAGAUGCUCAACUGUGAGAACUCAUCACGCAGCAAGGGUCAACUCAUACCAGCAAGUAUCUGAUCUCUUGACAAAAUUCUGGGAUCAAGAAGAAGUUCCAGAUACUUCAGCCAGCCAACUCAGCCCAGAUGAUCAAUCUUGUGAAGAUCAUUAUGUUACGACUCAUUCAAGAGAUCAAGAUGGGCGAUAUGUUGUGAGAAUACCACUAAAAGCAUCACCAUCUCUUCUGGGCAACUCAUCAGUGAGAGCUCAUCAGUGUUUACGACGCAUGAUCAGACGACUCACAAGGAAUGACUCAUAUGCACAACUUUAUCACAACUUUAUGCAAGAAUAUGAGUCACUGAACCACAUGACACGAGCCAAGGCGAAUCUAGUCAACUCUCCAGUGUAUUAUUUGCCUCAUCAUGAUGUCUUAAGAGAAGACAGUAUUACUACAAAACUCCGUGUAGUAUUGAAUGGCUCUAGUCCAUCUUCUAGUGCAGACGUACUCAUUUGGAUCACGCAGCAUGAAUUUGUGUUUACAUCAGACAUCACAAAGAUGUACAGGCAGAUCAAAGUACAUCAAGAUGAUUGGGAUUUCCAGAGAAUCCUAUCAGCUCCAUUUCUGGCUGUUCGCACAAUGGUCCAGCUAGUAAAGGAUGAAGGUCAUAAAUUCCCUCUAGCUGUUGAUCCACUACUGAAAGGAAGAUGUGUGGACGAUAUUUUUGAAGGUGCUGACAUAGUGAGUCAACUUAUAGGUAUCUGA